GAAAAUCCCAUGAAUGAAUUCACACGAUCUGGCAAGCAUAAGCUCUUACUGAUUCUGUUUCCUUCAUCACCAAUUAUGAUCCCCGCCCUUUCCUUUUCUGCUAUAAAAACCCAUUGAAGUACUUCCCCCUCCAAGCCACCUCAUACACAAAAGCAUACAACAGAAACGAAGCACCAAAGUUACCAUAAGAGAUAUGAUGAAGCCAAGUUCAGGGGUCAUGAUCGUCGUCUUCCAGGCUUUGCUAGCCCUGUCGAUGGCUGGGCUCUCUGUUUCCAAGGAUUUCGAUUUCUUCUACUUUGUUCAGCAGUGGCCAGGAUCAUACUGUGAUACACAGCAAAAAUGCUGCUACCCAACGACAGGGAAACCGGCUGCUGAUUUUGGGGUUCAUGGGCUUUGGCCUAAUUAUAAUGACGGCACUUACCCUUCCAAUUGUGACUCCAGUAGCCCAUUUGACCAGAGCAAGGUUUCAAAUCUAAUCAGCACCAUGCAAAAGGACUGGCCAACUCUUGCUUGCCCCAGUGGCAAUGGAGUAACAUUCUGGUCUCACGAAUGGGACAAGCACGGGACAUGCUCUGAAGAUGUUCUUGACCAACAUAGUUACUUCUCUAGAGCCCUCAGCUUGAAGAACCAGACCAAGCUCCUCCAAGCUCUGACAACUGCAGGGAUUAAGCCAAAUGGGGGAUCAUACAGCUUCAGCAGCAUCAAGAGCGCAAUCCAGAGUGGGGUGGGAUACACUCCUUUCAUAGAGUGCAACACUGAUGAAUCUGGGAACAGUCAGCUGUAUCAAGUGUACUUGUGUGUUGAUAAUUCUGGGUCCAAGCUUAUUGAGUGCCCUGCUUUCCCACAUGCCAAAUGUGGCUCACAGAUAGAGUUUCCCUCAUUUUAGGGGCUUUUUCUUUUUAAUUGCGGGAAGAUGGAAAUCUUCAAUCUCAACCUUUGUCAAAUAUAAUUAGUUUUCGGGCUACAGUAAGGAGUAUUUAAGCAUGUAAAAUAAGGAAAUUUAUCUACACCUUGUAUGCUUGAUUAAACUUCCUUCUUAAUUUAAAAGGAAAGCAUAUAACCCUAAGACAUUGGUCUAAUUAUUUUCUCACACAAUGAUUGGCGAAUAAUCAACUAAAGGAUAUACAUAUGGUCCACU